GCCCACCCUGAUGUGAUGAUCAGUCUGGGCGAAGGGGCCAAGCUGGGUAUUAAAGAAUGCCAGUAUCGGUUUGCAAAUCAAAGAUGGAACUGUUCUACCCUCGACAGAGACGCUUCAGUGUUCGGGAAAAUUAUUCUGAAAGGUAGUAGAGAAGCGACGUUUGUGUACUCCAUUUUAUCUGCGGGAGUUGUUCACGCCAUUACGCGGGCCUGCAGCAACGGCGAACUGAUGAACUGUGCGUGCGACCCAACGAAACGCGGCAAAGCACGAGACCGUAGGGGUGAUUUUGCCUGGGGAGGAUGCAGUGACAACGUGCGAUAUGGGACAAAAUUUUCCAGAAUGUUUAUCGAUGCCAAAGAAAAAAGAGUUCGAGAUGCAAGGGCAUUGAUGAAUCUACACAAUAACAGAGCAGGAAGGAGGGCAGUAAAACGCUUCAUGAAACUGGAGUGUAAGUGCCAUGGGGUCAGCGGCGCGUGUACCAUCCGCACUUGUUGGCUCGCUAUGCAGGACUUUCGCAGGGUCGGGCAUUAUUUAAAAACCAAAUACAAUGGCGCCACUCAGGUAAUGAUGAACCAAGCGGGCACUGGACUGAUAGUGGCCAAUAAAAACCACAAACGACCCACGAGGUCGGAUCUGGUGUACUUAGAAGCAUCGCCGGAUUACUGCCAGAGAAAUUUACAAAGAGGUUCCCUCGGAACGGCUGAUCGCCGAUGUAACAAAUCCUCACGAGGCACGGACGGAUGUGACAUCAUGUGCUGUGGCAGGGGAUACAACACGAAAACUGUUAAACAGACCAGUAAAUGUGAGUGCAAAUUCCACUGGUGUUGUUUCGUGAAGUGUAAAACCUGUAUGGAAUGGGUUGACAUUCACACCUGCAAAGGUGGAGACGAAUACCCAAACAACUGAUAAGUGCUCUGCUCACCUACGGACCGUAUAUAUUUGUAUAUGUGUGUGUACAGUGGAUAUUUGUGCAUUGUCAUAUAUACCAGGAAGAAGUCUGAAGCUGAACCCGGAACGUUUUAAAUGCGACAGAACUUCAAUGUAUAUGCCUGUUGAUGUAAACUGAAGCAAAAAACAUUAAUGGCCUAGACAAAUUGCUAGGUUGAGAGCGCCCAAGUGGACAGAGACGGACUGGUGCGUAAAUGUUUGCCAUCAGCGAAAGUUAUACGGACAAUUUGGGGGGAAAAGGCUCUUUCUGUGUUUCUGGGAUAAAAUAAUUGUUUCCAUGUAUAAAAAAUGAAUGCCUCCCAGAUAUUUCCAUAGAUACUAUUGGAUUUAUAUAUUGUGGAAGUCUUUCACUUUCAUCUCUCUUAGCAAAAAUAGUACGGAAUGACGUAAUACUGAAAUUUGUUGAAAUUUUAGAAUAAGUUUCUACUUGCGAAUUAAAGUAUUCCCAAAAUAUGUAUCUUGCAUGUAGAUUACACCAGUGUUAUGGCGACCAUACCGUUUCACCAAUAACUCUUUUGCAAUCAGAACUGUUAAUUUGGCUUGCAUGUUAAAAGAAGAGCGUUAUUUGUACUUUCAGAUGAUUAGAAUUAACUUGUGCAAUAUGUGAUGGAGAGGAUAAAUGUUCAUGAAGACAGAGGAAUUUAUACCUCAAGCAGAUGCUUUAAGAUUCCCUUCCAAAACAGCUGGUAUUUAUUAAAUAAGCCACUAUACUUAAUUUGACUUAACUUUUCUCCAUAGUACUUCACACCCAUUACAUGGUAUACAUAUAGAUUCAACUGAACAAUUUUUAAAAGGGGUCUAUAUGUAUAAAGACGCCUGUGGUUUGAUGUGUAAUUUAUAAUAUAUACUUAUGCACAAGCAAACAUGCGCAUGUGUAAUCAUUCUUUUGUCUGCUAUGCGAAGUCAAAAGACGAGAAG